AUGUUGAUGAAGCCAAACCUAAGUCCCUUGUGCAGAUCCGUUCUCAGAUUUAUCGAUUUAUCAGUUUGUAGAGCUAUGGCUUGUUUUCUCGACUGCUUCCGAGGCAGAGACGACCGUUCUACUAGUAAUCCCGUCUCUCACUCUUCACUCGCCAAUUCCAAUAAAGCUCAGGAAUCGCAGGAUCAUUUGUCAGCUUUGUUUCUGUCUGAGGAGAAAGCAGCUUCUUCGACCUGCCUUGUCAAUGGAAGAAUUGAUUUGGAUUCUAUACAUAUUGAUAAAGGCCUUAGAGAUGAGGCGAGGUUUCUUAAAGCUUGUGGUACUAUACCGGAGACACCUAUUGAAAUUAGGAAAGCAUCUCAAAAACUAAGCAGUCCUCAGCACUCUGGAUCUUCUGAUUUUCAUUCAUGGAUUUCCAGUAGCUCCGCUAUAGGGUUCCAUUUGGAUGAAUCUCCAAUCCCCAUGAAAGAUUGUGAAGAGGUGGCAAGACCAUCAAUUACUUCAGAGCAAACACUAAGCAGUUGCGUAAUCAAUGUCCGGGACACUGCAAGGAUCUUAUCUGCUUCUAAUGAUGCUGAUGAAGUAGAUAGCAUUAGCACCACAUUCAAGGGUGAGUUGGAUAGAACUGACAAGCCGAUGCUCACAGCUGGAAAGACUAAGUCUGUGCGAUUUGAAUGCGACCUUGAACAAUCUCACUCUUCAAAUUCUUCCGAGAAUAGCAGUUCAAGAAAACCUGAGAUGGGUGGCAAAAUCAGUUUUACAGUGAGCUCGCCUAAUCCAACCCCAUUGAAACUAUCUGAUGAGAUGCAAACUCCUGGAACCAUAUAUCCUGCAAUCAUGGAAUCAGCAGGAAGGGGAAGGCCUAGAAUCAGGUCACAGUUUGUGCAUUCGGUUUCCAAUCUUAUGGAAAAUGCAUCCUUAUAUAAGGUCCACAAGGUAGUUGAAAAAGAGCAGAUAGAGGGUGAAACUCCCUCUUCAGCAGGUUAUGGGGAAAUUGUGGAAGAAAUCUCAGAUGAGAAACUGUCCAAGUUUGAGGCAAGUUUUUCUCCUUGGCUAAACCGGAUCAACGAAGAGUGUGACGAAAACAUUGCGGUUUUAAACGAUAGGACACCUCGAGUCGCUGCCAUAACUCCAGGUGACAGGCCUAUCAUUGGAUUGGUUGCUACUCACUGGAAUGAGAAUGCGCAAACUGAGAUUUCACCCAAAUGGUGGGAUGGAAAUGGGAUCCCAAAUUCGACAACUAAAUACAAGGAGGAUCAGAAAGUGAGUUGGCAUGCAACACCAUUCGAGGUGAGAUUGGAGAAGGCACUCUCGGAAGAAGGUGGUCAGAGUUUAUUCCCUCGGAGGAAACUUGAAGUGAUGGAGGAAGAUGAAGGAGACUCAAACAUAUCGCAGCAGAUGCAGCAUUCAGUGCAACCAAACUCGGUAGUUUCCUUCUGA